GCUUUGUGUUAUUGUGCAUUAUUGUGCUAUUAUUGUGCUUGUUCUUGUUCAUAUUCAAUUCUCAUUCAUAGUUACUAGAUAUAGUUAUAGUUUCUAAAACUGUGCUUGUGAUUUCUAGUUUCUAGAUAAGCAAAUUUAAUUUUGGUGCAUGCAGACUGGUUUGACUGGAAAUAAGUACCAUAAAUUCUAAAUAAUAGUACAUAGUUAUUUUAAAAGCUUGAAACGACGUGUGAUACCUAUAAGGUAAAGAACGAAUUUAAACAGCCAAAAAAACGUUUUUCAAUAUAACGAAAAUGAAUAAUCCAUUUUUACAAUAUGAUUUUUUGCAACAUAUGUUUCGAGACCAGAUGUUUCUACAAAACCGCAAUACAUACUCCACAGAUAGUACAGAUACUACAGAUACAGAUAGUACUAUUGAUUUUGAGCCGAUGGUACCACAAAAAAAGGAAUAUGAACCCAAGAUGACGGAUUUGGAACUGGUAGAAAAAACGGUGUCUAGGAUGAAAACAGACAAGGAUUUUUUAUUGAUUUUACAAAAUAUUUUAAAUGUAUGCAACGAUUCUGAAAAAUUUGAAGAAGUUAAUUUAGGCGUACUAAGAGGUUUUGCACAAUUGCUAGACGAGAUUAGCGAUGAUAAUUGCGAGAAACCAUUGAAGCUUAUAUCUACAACAUUAUCUGAACGUUUUUUAACAAAGGAACUUCUUAAAUUUACUUAUACCACAAAUAAAGUUACGAAACUAGCAUGCUUGGCUACAGGAGGUUUCGGACGAAUAUUUAUAGGAACACUUGAAAAAACCGAUGGAUCUAAAAAUAAGGUUAUCAUAAAAAAAUCAUUACCGGGAAAGGAGAAAUUUUUAAAAUCUGAGGCAACAAUUUUAAGUCAGUUAGAUCACAAAAACAUCAUCAAAAUGGUGUCGUUUGUUCCAGAUUCGAUGGAACUUGUUAUGGAAUUUAUGGAAAAAGGAAGAUUAGAUCAAUUUUUGGAAGGUGAAAAAGUACCCAAAAAAAGAUUUUAUAAUAUAAUAUUAGACAUUAUAACUGGUAUGGAGUAUUUGGAACAAAAUAAAAUUAUCCACAGGGAUUUAGCCUCAAGAAAUAUUUUUGUGGGUUUAAAUAUGGAGUGCAAAAUUGGAGAUUUUGGUUUGGCUGUCAAAGUUACUAGGCCAGAUGGAAUCUACAAAGAACAGGAUGGAGGUAUAUUAGGAUAUCAUACACCACCAAGUGUAAUAAUAAGUCAAGAAUAUUCCAUAAAAUCUGAUAUUUGGGCUUUCGGAUUGCUUGUAUGGGAAAUGCACUUUAUCAAAUAUGGUGGUUUUUUGUUUAUGCUAAAACCUAUAUUGGACCGAUUUAGAUUUUCUGGAGAAUUACCAUAUGAUACAGUUGCGCCAAGAAUAAGAAACUAUGUAUUACGCAUGAUGCAUGAGGAUUCAUCAAGAAGACCGCCAUGGGCAGAAAUAAAGAAAUUUUUUUCAUCCUCUGUCUAAAAAAUGAUUUGAAUAAAAAUGAACGUGUAAAAUUUUUUAGAAUAAGUUCAAAUAUUACAUUUAAAAUAAUUCAUACAACUUUCCAGUAUUACUUCUUUAUUUCUAAUCUUGUAUUAUAAUUAUGAAGCAAAAUAAAAUGUUUUAUGAUUA